AGGCAAGUAUUGUGCGACUGGAGUACUGACUGAGAUGGCUGCGCCCGCGGUGCAUGGGCGAUAUUUUACGCUGUGUAUUAUUUUGCUUUGUGGGUUUUAUAUCCCCUGUGUCUCGGCGCUGAUAGAGGGACUAUAUUGUGGCACUGAGAUAUGCUACGAUGUGCUUAGCGUAGGCAGACAAUCGACCAAGUCUGAAAUAGCUCGUGCUUACAGACAGCUGGCCAGAAAGUAUCACCCAGACAGAUUCCGAGUUGGAGAUCCAAGUCUUGCCGGCGAAACUCGAGAAAGUGCACAUCAGAAAUUUCUGCUAAUUGCGACUGCAUACGAGACCCUAAAGGAUGAAGAAUCCCGGAAAGACUAUGACUACAUGCUUGACCACCCAGAGGAAUACUAUAGUCAUUAUUAUGCAUACUACAAGAGAAGGUUGGCACCUAAGGUGGACGUGCGAAUUGUAAUUCUGGUUACUGUGUGUGCCAUCUCAGUGUUUCAGUUUUACAGCUGGCAUAGCAGCUACAACGAAGCCAUCAACUACUUAGCAACAGUGCCCAAGUAUCGGAUUCAGGCCACAGAGAUGGCCAAGCAACAGGGGCUCCUAAACAGGACUAAAGAGAAGGGCAAGAACCGUCGAUCCAAGGAAGAGAUCCGGGAGCAGGAGGAAGAGAUCAUCCGAGACAUCAUCAAGAACAAGAUUGACAUCAAGGGGGGCUACCAGAAACCCAACAUCUCGGAUAUCCUGCUGUGCAAGAUCAUCCUGUUUCCCUACCACCUGUGUCUCUACGUGAUCUGGUACUGCUCGUGGAUAUACAAAUUCACCAUUUGCAGGGAGGAGUAUGGCGACGAGGAGAAGCUCUACAUCAUCCGCAAGUACAUGAAGAUGCCUCUGUCUCAGUUUGAUAGUCUGGACGAUGGCCUGAAAAACACCUUCCUAGAGAGGCAGCUCUGGAUCAAGGAGAACUAUGAGGUGUACAAAGAGGAGCAAGAAGAGGAGAUGAAGAUGAAAAUGGCCCUUGAUCCCAGGAUGAAAAGGUACAGGCGGUGGAUGAAGAAUGAAGGACCCGGCCGACUAACUUUCAUUGAUGAUUGAAUACACAUACACAUGACACUGUGCACUCAUGCCAUUAUGUACAGGUACUCACACUUUGUGUGUGUGUAUAUAUAUAUAUACAGAGAGACAGACAUUUCUCUGCAAAUACAUGUACAGAUGAUUGGCGAUGCCUGUUUAUAUCAAGAAUUAUUUUCAUAACGUAUUGGACUGUAGUGUUAAGGGUAAAACAACAAAAGAAACAAAGUCUUGUGGCAUCUCAGCUAUUUACAUGUGAGGCCUUUUGAAAUGAUUAUGGGAAGAAACUAGGACACUUUUGAAACCUGGGAGGAUGGUGCACCAAAGCCUGCCUGUAGGGACUCUGUGUGUCCCCAAGGGUGUACACAGUGUUGUUUGGUCUGUUGUAUCUGCUAUCAUUAACGGUUACACGUCUUUUUAUUCAUUUUGCCCAUGCCUUUGUUUGAGGUGGGUCACAAUGUAAGACAUUCUUGUGUUUGCAUUAUACCUCGACAUUGUUGGAUUUGAUCGCCAGAUGUAAUCCGUAACACACUUAUCUUCCUGUUACAUUACUACUACAACUACUUAACAGUAGUCUAGUUAGGAAAUCUGUCUUAAAAAAAAUUAAGAUUUAGCUAGGUAACAUUAAUCUUAAAACAGUGCAAAAAUGGAGGGGCACCAUAGCCUGAAUGCCUGCCCUGUGGCUGAUAGUGGACAAAAGUCCCAUAAAACAAAAAUGUAUAGAAAGGAAGCAGUCACAAGCUUUGUUCGAAUCAUCAUAUAUGUCCAGUUUACUAUUACCAGCUUUAAAUCAAAUUAGACACAAGGAGUAAUAAAUCAUUUUCUUUUAAGUGUUUAAAAUGCCUUUAUUUAUUUGUUAAAUUAGUGUCUAUGUAUGACAUUUGAAUUCUGGGUUAUGUAGUGGCAUGGUUCAAUGAAAUCUGACCUCCAUACACAAUGCUGUAUGUGUAAGUUAUGUAUGUAUUGCAAUAAAAUAAAGAGGUUUUGAUACAGCA